AUGUUUAAACUGAAUGGCUCAGUCUUCAUGCCUUCUGUAUUGACACUCACUGGGAUUCCUGGCCUGGAGUCAGUGCAGUGUUGGAUUGGGAUUCCAUUCUGUGUCAUGUAUAUCCUUGCUGUGAUUGGGAAUACUACAAUUUUAGUUAUAAUAAAAAAUGAAAACAGUUUACAUGUACCAAUGUACAUUUUUCUGGCCAUGUUGGCAGCCAUAGACAUAGCUCUCAGCACUUCUAUACUUCCCAAAAUGUUAGGCAUCUUCUGGUUUCAUUCUCCAGAGAUUUCUUUUGAUGCUUGCCUAUUGCAAAUGGGGCUUGUUCACUCCUUCCAGGCAACUGAGUCAGGUGUCCUGCUGGCAAUGGCCCUGGAUCGCUACGUGGCCAUCUGCCACCCGUUGAGACAUGCCACUAUCUUCUCCUGGCCGCUCCUGAGUUACCUUGGAGUUGGGGUGACGCUCAGGGCUCUCAUUCUUAUUGUUCCAUGUAUCUUGCUUAUCAAAUGCCGUCUCAAGCACUAUCGAACUACAGUUAUCACUCACUCUUAUUGUGAGCACAUGGCUAUUGUGAAACUGGCCACUGAAAAUACCCGAGUCAACAAGAUUUUGGGCCUAUUGGUUGCCUUCCUCAUACUAGGGUUUGACAUCAUCUUUAUUACCUUGUCCUAUGUUCGAAUUUUUAUCACUGUUUUUCAGUUGCCUCAGAAGGAGGCCCGACUGAAAGCUUUCAACACUUGCAUCGCUCACAUCUGUGUCUUCCUCCAGUUCUACCUCUUGGCCUUCUUCUCCUUCUUCACACACAGGUUUGGCUCUCACAUCCCCCCGUAUGUUCACAUUCUCUUGUCAGAUCUGUACCUGCUAAUCCCACCUUUCCUCAACCCUAUUGUCUAUGGAGUCAAGACGAAACAAAUCCGCAGCCAUGUUUUGAAAGUGUUUUUCUCCAAAAACCCAUCUUGA